AAAGCUAGCUUGUUAGCGUGCGAGUUACGAACGAAAAUUGCUAUGAUUUAAGACGUUCUGUAAAUGUCGGGACAACUUAUUCCAUGCAGCGGUCAUGUUUAGGUUGAUUUAAUUAAUUUUCCUCCAAAUAGUUUUAUCGGCGUGUGUUUUAAGCGUAUAAUUUGAUUUUUGUGCCUUUUAGUUUUAAAGAUUAGCUGCCUUAAGUUGUUGGAGCUAACUUAGCCGGUGUCAGUUUGGGUCGCUGUAUCUGGUGUCAGCUUCACGUGUCGCGGCAUUUCGCUAACCGCACGAGCCGGCAGCGUAACAUGAAGUUAUGGAAGAGAGUAAGCUAAAGAGGAAGAGUACGAAGACAUCCACCAACACAGCGGCUCCGACAGGAGGCUCCGGCCGGAAGAACAGCGCUUCCUCCGGGGGGAAGCAUGCCGACAACACGGGCGCUGUUUCCAGCCAAAAGAACAGGAGCAGGAGGGGGAUCAGAGAUAAACCCAGGUGUCAGGCGGGUUCGGGUGGUAAAGCUGCACAGAACCAGGGCCAGGCAGCACCAACCAUCCAACACUCGUUUCUGACUGACGUCUCAGAUGUGCAGGAGAUGGAGAAUGGCCUGCUCAGUCUUCUCAAUGACUUCCACUCAGGAAAAUUACAGGCGUUUGGCAACGAGUGCUCCAUCGACCAGAUGGAGCACGUCAGAGAGAUGCAGGAAAAGCUGGCACGCUUGCACUUUGACCUCUACGGCGAGGUUGAUGAAAUGCCCAAGGAUCAGAGGAAAACUGCCUGUGACACCAACAUGGACAAGUUGCUACUUAAUCUUGAGGAGCUGAGUUCUUCUAUUCAGAAACUGAAUCUGGCGGACACUCAAGAGAUCCUGAGGACUUCCAGCGUGUGACGUUUUUAUUUCUUUUACUAUUUUUUUUUUCUUCUUUUGAAACAUUUUUUUUUUAGUUUUUGCCACAUGGAAAGAAUGUAACCGAUGAGU